AUGAUGGAUGCCUUUGCCUCUUCCAUGAACUCUUCUAUACCCUGGAAAAACAAGGUUGUGUUAAAUGCAGAUGAUGAUUGUCACCUCUGGUGCCUACAUUACGUGUUCCUGCCUAUCAUCAACAGACAUCUGAGUAAUUGGAAAGAUGCAUGGGUUCACUAUCCAUUACGUACAGAAAGAAACAAAAUGCCCAUGCAGUUAUGGAUUAGUGGAUGGCAAGAGGCAUGGGGAUUUCAUGGCCCUGAGGGUGAAGUGUUCCAGGUAUGAGACAUAUCUGGUUUCAUUUAAUCAACAUUAUACUUGUGUCAAAUGUAAUAAUACAUGUAACUAAUAAUUAUGAUGAUCAAUCUCUAUCCUCAGCCCAGCAUUGUAUGACAUUGAGGAUUAAUGCAGCACGUAUGUAACAAACUGCUUACAAUAAUCAUUUUCUUUUUAGGGCGAUUAUAGCAACCAUGGGAUUGACUGGCAAGGUCUCAUUCCAGAACAAUGCCCUGAUUAUGUUGAAGUUCCGGACACAAACUGCCCAUUCACUGAGGAGGAAAUGCAUCUCCUACCAGUUACAGACAAUUUAACAUCUUUAGAGAGGGUUGAAGUAUUCAACCAAAUCAAUAACUUAUUGUAAUAAGAAACACCAUCAAGAGUCAUUGAGGUAACGAGAAAUCAACAAACAAAGAACAAAGAAGUCUUUUGUUUAUUUAAAGUAACAACAAUUUGUUCAAACUACUGUUAAUCUUUUGACAUGUAAUCAGACAUGUACAGAACUGGAACAAUAAAUUGCUUCUUUUUGGGAUAGUCACUGUGUUGUUCACAUAAAGAUCCAUACCCUCCAAAUAAGUCUUUUGGUUUCAACCCUUCGGAUCAUUACCACCAUAAAAAUUCCCUUAAACCAACAUCAAAAGCGAACUUUUAAUCUCUGAUGAUAAUCUUGGGGAAAUCAAAAUUCGCUGCCAGGCUUUACCGAAGUGAGCAGCUUAUAUACCUUAGCAUUCAGAAGUCAUUCAGAAGUUUUUGUCAUGAUUUAAAAGUUUUUAUCUGCCGUUGGGGUGACAAACAGAAGAAUUGGGGGAAAAAAAGACAAGAAAAAAAUUUAACGUCGUUUCUAUUGACGAUCAGUAUGUUAACUCAUUUAUUUAUGUAAUCCGCUUAUGAGAUCAAUUUGCAUUACAAUAUUAAUAUUGCCUCGAGUGUUUAUUUUGCGUUUUUGGAGGGUAGGGUAUGUUCAAGUUUGGAUUCGAGUUCGAGUUCGAGUUGGAUUUCGAGUGAAACUUCUCAGUAAGUUCAGGGAUCUUUUUGGUGACGAAUUUCGACGUAGAAGUAUAUUUAAGAGAGGAAAUUGAAACGCCUUAAACUUCAAAAUAUUAAUAGCAAAAUAGAGAUAAAAGUAUAUUCACAUUGUAUCCGACUGCGGACUUCCUUUCUUCGGGCAUGAUCAGUGAAUAUACCAAAAAUAACUUUGAGACAAUCAGUUUGUUGUUACAGAAGUAAUACCGAAUAAGGCUAAGGCGGGUCGCACUAUUCACCGGUCGGAAUUUGUUUUUUUUGCUAGGCAACUGAGAACUCCAAGCCCGUUUAUAUGAGGUGAGCUAGCCCGGAGCACUACUGGUAUUGGUUGCUUUUCCGGACUGGCUAGGCUCAUGCCUUGUUUCCUCUUCACGUUUUUUGUUGUUGUUGUUGUUGUUGUUGUUGUUGUUGUGUGAGGGCGAGCUGGUCAGUAGCUCGACAGAACGCGGCAAGCAGGCCAGCUCGCCUCCUCUUAAAAACACAGCGAAAACUUUCCGAUUAUCAUCUGUGAUACGUUCUGUCAGGUAGAGUUCCUUAAAUGUAUACCUUUUUCUGUUUGUUUUCAGAGCAAAUGGAGAUUUGGACGUGCAGCGGAGGUUAGCCAUCAGGGAGCCCUUGAUAGAACAAAGUGUAGGUUGAUUCGUUUGUUUCUUCUUCUCAGCUUCUUCUUCUUCUUCUUUUUUAACUCAAGGCGUCGAGUUUAGGCUACGCUUAUAAAAAGACGGAAGGAAGGUCUAGUAAUUUCUCUUUGACACGCGUAGAUAACGAGAACAACUUUAUCAAAAUAAUAAAGUAAUUUGGGAAUUCAAUGUACACGUAUUGGAAAGGUGCGCACCUUUGGAAAAAUGCUGGCUACGCCCCUGAUUACCUAGAAUUCAUCUGUCUUUUUAGUCACUGAUAGUCAUCCGAAAGAACAUGAUACCAUUCCUUACACACUAGUUAAAUAAAACUGUAUUCAAUUUUAUCUGCAAGGUCUCUUUAGGAGUUUUAGGAUGAUUUCCUCUUCCCAUGCCCUUAUUUGGUAACACCGAUGAAUCUCUGGAAUACUAACAAAAUUAAUUAAGGGUGAUAUUUAGAUUACGGAUAGAAAAUUCCUAAGAGAGAAUUUUAGUUUAAAUCAUCUUUUCUCUCAAGCUGGUAGAAUUUUGAAAAAAAAGUUCAAUUUAUUCUUAACCAUUCGUAUUGCGAUCCAGGCUGUGGGAAGUCAACCAUCUGAAGACGUAGAUAGUCCCAUCCCUGCAAGAGGUCGUUCAGUGGAUAACAUUCUACAUGGUCUGCCAUUUGGGAAUCAGGCGUCUUCUACCCAAGGAAUUUUAAAUACAGCACUUGAUAGACCUGAACGUUUUGUGCUGGCCAGAGGAGUGGGUAACCCUAAUGAGGAGACCAACGCCUUGUAUGAAGAGCUCCCACAGUCUCGUAGCUCCACCGAGCAAUUGCCAUGCACAUAUACUAUGUGCCAAACCACAGCUACAGGUUCAUCGGGGGCAAGCGAUAGGUGCACCAGACAGAGGCAAGCUGCUCUGCCCAAUAGUGACGUAAGAUACCCUAUUCAGGAGACCAGUCAGCAGUCACAGGAGCACAGUCAGCAACCCCCAAGCCUUGCGGCUGAGAAUGUAUGCACGUGCCCUCAGUGCCAACCAAUUAGUCAUUGACAGUACGGCCGACCUUAAAAUGUAAUACGCCGUAAAGUAAGAGACGCAGACUAGAAAGUGUAUGCAAAAUAACCUACUUAUGUUAAUCAUCUUAUCAUUAACAUCGUCAUCGUCAUCGUCAUCAUCAUCAUCACAUCUUGAUUAGAUUAAUAUAAGAUUGGUUCUUAGUUCUGUCUGUAGGUGCAAUAAAUUUUGGGUACUAGCCAUUUAAUCCAUAAAACUCUGGAAAGAGUUUAAAGAUAUAAUUAGAAAAACAGCUGGUAAUGUGGAAAACAGAUCUAGUUUUCUCUAGUUUACCUUUUAACACAAUAAUGGGAAGUCUCAUCAGGCUAUAAUACACUGAUAAGGUACUGUUACGAUGGCCCUUUCGUAGAGACUUUCGACAAGUCAGCAUUCACUUGCCAGUAUCAACAUACCAAUAGAGAUAUCAAGGAAACGACAAAAACAAAAACAAACACACCUCUUUGCUAUACAAACAAGGUACAUAGGGUAUAGGGAUUGGCUUAUUAUAAAAAGAAAAUUUGUUAGUUGUGAGCUAUAUGUAUUUAAUAUAUAGGUAGACUUGUAAAAUAGUUUUUUAGAAGCUUUAUUUUAAUAAAUCGAAGAAGAAAUAUAAUUCUCCCAAAUUUUAUUUCUUUGACACUGAGCCCACCGUCAUCAAGUAGAUGUUCGCGCCUGGUUCUUCACCAGGACGCCUCUUAGGGGGACAGGGGAGGGGAAAGAAAGGCGGAAAGGGCUUUUAUUUUUUCCUCCCUACCCCUCCUCCUCUUUCGUCGCCUGCCACGAAUACGGCAGCAGGCUCAGAAGCAUGAUUCAAGUUUUCAGUUUUAUCCACUGUAAAAAAUAUACAUUUAAGGCAAGUUUGAGACAUUUAUUACAUAAUUUUUGCGAAUAAUUGUUGAAUAAAAAUUGUUAAUAAUAACGUUAAAUUCCAGCUUUGAAACAGGUUUCGAGGGCAGAACAUUUUAAGGACUGUCAACUGAAUAAUUUUUGUCAAUUUUCAAGGAACACUUGUCAAGAAAAUCUUCUUGGGAUAUAAGUGGGUCUGUUAGGCCUCGUCAUCACGAAUCCUUGUGUUUUCUUUUUCUUUUUUCUUUCUUUCUCUCUUUCUACCUUUUUUUUUUCACGAGGCGAUGUUCCGUCCGCUAACGGAAACCCCAUACUUCUAAAAACCGCUCUCCAGAGCAGUUUAGGUCGACCCCGUUUAUACGAAUCCGGGCAACAACAUUUGCGUUUUCAAAAGUGUCGGGUUCGUGUUGGAAGGAGGCGUAAACUCUUUCCGGUGAGACGUAAAUAUUGCCGUAAAUGGACUAACUUUUUUCUCAUCACAAAGUUGUUUUGUUAUGCUAAUUCCAUUGUAUUCCUCACCACAAAAUUAAAACUCAAUGUUGAUAUUCAUGCAAUUUCUUUUAUUGUCCCGUUCGCAUACAUGACAUCAAUAUUUGAACCUCGUUGAAAGCGGUGAAGUAACUUAAAUUGAUUGUUUUACAAAGGCAAACGUAGAAACUUCCUUCGAGUUCAAGCGAGGAGGACCGGUGAGUAUUUAUCUUUGUUUUCUUCGCCGGUACGAAGUUAAAGGUAUCUUUUUAUCAUUUAUGAUUUGCUUUAAUUCAAUACGUUUGAGAAGCGAUGCCCGAUUUUCAAAGCUAGUAAACUGUCGACUUGAUCGAACCGACGAUGUGUGCCCUCGGGCAUAUACGUCGUGUGAAAACCAAGAGUAGACAUAAACUAUACCAGGUUUAAAUGUAAUGAACUUUUCCUUUCAGUUAAAGCUGAAGAACGUGAACAAAACAAAUCGCUUUUCACAUUUAUAACGGCUGUAUUUUGAUAAAUGCGUUCGACUUGAGAAUAAUUAUUGGGCGUUGCUGAGUACAGUAACCAUUAGAACUAUCCUGCCAAGCUAAGUUUUGAUUUUUAUACUCCGAUCAGUACUCCGAUCGUACUCUUAACAGUCUUAAGUAGUCAUGUACUAAAAGAGUCGAUCACAUUCAAUUUACGCGGGAAAAAAAAGCUUUAAUAAGACUGAGCUCGCUGUAGCUGGCUUUUACGCGCAUUACAUUCCGUUCCUUUAUGACAACACUCGGCAAACGCCAGGGCAACAAGCACACCAUUCCAUCGUUUAGUUAGGAGUCUGCGUCUGCAAAAUAGUUUAAAGACGGAAAAAGUCUCAAUGGUUUAACAUCCAAUUUUUUUCCCACAGUUAUCGAUUCUCUAUCUUCAUUGAAGAUGAAAACAAACAUUUAAUUAUGAAUUAUUAAAAACAAUAGAGUAUUAGAAAUGGUACCCUGGAAAAGCCUCUGGCUUCCAGGGUACAGAAAACGGGGACAGGGAAAUGUGUUAAAUUAAACGUAACGAAAGAUGAAAAUAAUUAGACAAUGGCCUACCUCGGCCAUCUAACGGAUGGACCGUUAGGGAAAGUGAUGGGGCGGGGAGUGGGGGAGUGGGGAUUUUAAGAGAUGCAACAAUUUUUUUUUCAUCCUUGGGCAUACAUUUUUUUGGCCAGAAUCCGUGGGAAUAUAUUUUUUAUUAAUGAUUUCCUGAGGAAAAUUUCGUUUAUGGAAUUUUAACCACCCACCCCCAUCACUUUUCUAAUGGUCUUCUACCUUGUCACGUACUCCUUCAUGCUAUUCUUGUAACUACACGCGUCAAACGUAAAGUUGAAUGACACUGCAGUCUGUAAAAAAUUGGCAUUUGAGAAGUUGUUAAAAUACCACUUCACGAUUGCUAUUAAAAGUAUGAUAUUGCUAAUUUUUCUGACAGCAGUUUGUUGGAAAUCUUCCGCGUUAAAGCAGUAGUACUCAGUCACUGUUGUGCGGUUGGCAGAUUAUUAGACUACCACCAGACCAUAGCAAUCCUUCAUUUUCGCUGAAUUGGACGUAAGUAUUUUUCAGUUUAAGAGCUCGUUUUCUAGCUUAUCAUAUAUUAAGCUAACUCAUUCAGUCGGUGAAAGUUAUCAAACUCUCCAUUCCAGAAUAAUGACGUAAAUGAUUGCAAUGUAUUAUACUAUGUACUUGGCUUUUGCAUCAAUGUAAUCGCUACCGUACAGCGCUAAUUUUCCAGCAAAACGAACCGUUCAAAAUCCGAAUUCUUUAGAUAUUGUAGGUGUCAUCAAUUAGUUUACACCGUGUAAACUAGGCUUUUGACACAUUAAUGAAGUCUUUAUUAUUAGUAGUUUGAUUGAAGAGGGCGUUAGAUGAGAUCUAAGUUAAGUGUUUUGGGUUAAUGAUAAAUGAACACUCCGCAAAAACCAUUAGCUAAUGCAACUUAGUGAUUGUCAUUUGAUUUCAUUUAGAAAUGCUGCAAUUUGGAAAAAAUUAUUUUGAUUGCUCUGUGAUGAGCCCUGAAAAGGCUGCAUUUACGAAUACCGUAAGGCUAUCAAGGAGGUUCUUGAUAUCGGCCAUCGCAAAAUAAUUCAGUUAUUUCCUAAAUGGUAUACGGUGUUAUGUCAAACCUGGUAGUUUGAACAUACUGAGUGUCUCUUUAAAUAUAACCUGUGUGAUCCAUCUAUUGAGUCAAGGGCAGAAUUGGAAAGUUUUCUGUCACGUGCCCUAUAAAACCGUACACCGGUAAUAAAAUCAUUUCCCCAAAAAACAAAACAAAAACAAAAACAAGCAAUUGCUUUUAUAUGUCCUUGUCAAAAAAAGAAUAUUUCCCAAAAUAAUACUAAAAAUUUGAGACUGCAGCGCAAUUUUUUUGAAGUGACUUAAUAUUAUCGACUCUGUGAGACCUCUGCUGGCCAUCAACAAGCCACCCUUUGCUACUAGUCUCACUGCCGCACUGUCGCUUAAUAACUUUAACACGAGAUAUCAGUUGUACUUCGGACGCCAAGUCGGAGGCCUGGUCUUACCACAGUACUGAUCCCUUAUUCCCCCCCCCCCCCCCCCCGGGGGGGGCUUUUUACCCCGUAGCGCUAUAAACUUUUAACCGGAGUUACCGUGUGGCUUCGGCGCCCGAGCGCGGGGGCCGGUCUUCCCCAAAGAUUUGCCCCCUUUCCCCCCCCCCCCCCCCCACGGGGAGGGCUUUAUAGAGACGGGGGGGGGGCUUGUUUAACUUAGCAAAGAUGAUGGUACAAGUUCUCCUCAAAAGAAAAAAUAUAUAUAAAGCAGAAAAGCUUAAUUAUGUACAACGGCUGGAGGUCAUGCAGCCGAGGAUCAAAUUAAAAAAAACAAGUGUACUUCCAGCUGGAGGAUAAAGCAUCCUGGAUCAAGUUUUACAUAACAGUCGUUUCUGAUUAAUACAGUCUAUCAUUUAUUAGUAAACAAUAAUAAGCGGAAGGGAGAACUUAAAGUGGGGGCUUAUUAACCUUCUGCCCUGGAAAAAGGAGGGCUUAUUAGAAAGGGGGGGCCUAGUAGAGGAUUUACGCGGUAGUUCAAAACAUACUGUGCAGUGACAAAAAUACUGUGCGAGACAAAAUAAAAUGUGAAUCAGUUAUAAUAAACUGAAUGAAAUCUUUUCGAUGUUAUUUUAUGUUGAAGUCAACGAUUCAAAUAGCUUGUUCUAGGCGUUCAGAGGGAAGGAGCAGCAAACCCCGCAGUUUCUUCCUAGUUUUCUCCGUUUUCUUCUUCGCUUCAUCCCCCCGCCCCCUUCCCCGCACUAUCUCAACACCAAUAAACUUUUACUUCACAUUAUCGGGGCAUGUUGCUUUUGCUAAAAACGUUGAAGACAAGCCUGGCAACUUUAAACAUAAAUGCUGAGCACUUAAUCUCUCUUUGAAUAUUUGUUUCUUGACUUUGGUUGUCUUCCAAAUUAACCUGAUUAUAUGUUUUCAGAUGAAAACGAUGUUUCCUUCGUUCAUGGCUUGGGUGUUUCUGGCACACGGGAUCCACAACACAUUCUCUGGUGAGUCAAAGUCAUUUGAUAAAUGUAUGGUUCAUCAUGUACUGUAGACCUAUUAUUUUGAGUAUAUGUCUAUAGUAAGACAACCAUUUAACUCUUUAACUAAAGCGUCGCAAUUUUGCCGCGCUAAUGAACAUGAGGUCAGUUAAGCGACCAUUCAAACCAGUUAUUUCAAAGUUAAACUACACUAAAAAAUUGUAUGUUCUUGAAUACUUCUCUUAUCUACUGCUUAUUCGAAUAACCAACACGGCAUUUGUUGGAAUAAUUAUAUACCGGAUUAAUGUAUAAAUGCGUUUAUAGGUAAACCACCUGUUAUAACCAAGUUUUUAGCUGAUGACUUAAACCAGCCUGGAGAUGUGACGUCAAAGAGUGGGUUCAAGCUUCCUUGCGAGGCAUCUGGUACAAGACCUUUACACUACAGAUGGCAGCUGAAUGGAGCCAAUAUUAAAUACGGAGGGGUUUAUCGCCUUUUGCCCUCGGGCACACUUGUGGGACAAGCCCUUAAUCAGAGAAACAGCGGGAAAUACCAGUGCUUUGUAAAAAAUGAUUAUGGCACGGAUUUCAGCAGAAAACUGGAGGUCAACGUGACAGGUACUAAUUGCUCAAUUAUACCUGAUGUCCUCAGUGUCUCAUUCGUCAGGGACAAGUUGUUAUACCUUGUCCUAAAAAUACAAUAGAAUAAACACCACUUUGGAAGAAAUGCCCCUAUACUUCGUAUACAUAUAGAUGAACCAUGAAUAAGAACGCUCCCGAGGAUAUGGCCACUCCGCAAAUCCUUCUCCUUUCGUCCGUUUUCAGUAUUGCUUAUUAUUAUUAUCAAUUAUUAUCAUUAUUAUCAAUAUCAUUGGCAUCAUCAUCUACAUCAACAUCGUCAACAUUGUUGUCAUCAUCGUUAUAAUUAUCAUUAUCGUUAUUACUAUAACCGUUUUAAUGCCUUGCAAAUUUUACUACUUUUCCAUGCUGCCGUGCAUAUAACGUUAAUUUAGCAACAAAGACUAGACUAAAAAGUUUCAACAGUUUGUACCACAUUUUAAUGGGAACAUUUAACUAUUUAUCUGCAUCACUGACAAGUCUUCUUUUUGACGAAUUUCUAGGCUGUUCUUCUAAUCUAAGCCACGCAUCGUGUUGUUUCAGUUCUAGGGGGAUUUUAUUUCGAAGACCAUAAAGUUGCUCCCGUCACUCUUGGAAAACCCGUUGAAGUCCCUUGUCCACGACACAAACACAGUUUUGGCGUGACAUAUCGAUGGGGUGGUAUCGAUCCCUCAAACCCCGAAGUAUUCAAUACCUUAUCUGAGGACGAGCGCAUUGCGGUGACGCUUGAAGGAACCUUGGUGAUCAUGUUUGUAACAUUACAGGACGUGGAGAAAGUUAGAAAGACAAAGGGAAUUGUCUGUGAGAUGGCCACUGUUGAAAAUAAGACUUACUCACAUGCCGUCAAUUUCCAGUUACACGGUCUAGGUAGGGGGAAUUACCUUGUGCUCACACACACAUAACAUAGUAAAGUGUCACCGAACAUUUGUUUUUCGUAAAAUUUGAUGUUUUCUUUUUUCUGGUCUUCAAGUAAUUUUAAAAUAGGAAUAAUAAUUAUAUAUAGAUAUCUGUAAUUUUGUAUCCUACACCGGAAGUCAUGGAGAAACAGAAGCAUAAGCAAGAAGUACAAGGAAAAGGAGGUCGAACUUUUUCUUUCGCCGUCCACCACACCCAAUCUCCUGUGCCCGCUCACUACCUGCUGCACAUUCGCCGUUUUUUGCAUGAUUAAACUGUUUUUGAUCUCUCAGCUCUUUAAAUCUUCCUUUUAUUUCAUCAUAUUUUUCUCAUUUUUAAUUUUAUUUUCCCUAUUUUUUUUUGUUUGUUUUUUCUUUUUUUCACUUUUGUAGCGUUCAUAGGAAACCGAGGACCGAAAAUAUACUCCUCACCAGACCUAAAAGAGCAAGCUAUCGAAGGUUCUGAAAAGAUGCUGUACUGUCUUGCUGAAGCAAAGUAAGAUUACGAUCGAUAUACUGCUCUUUAAAUUCAUUAAAACUAACGUCACAUAUCUCUGAAGACAUCUCGCGAUUUUCUGAAAGUUGUGUUUGUUGAUUUUUUUCCCGUGUCACAGACCUCCACCAAUGAUAACAUGGACAAAAGACGGUGAAGAGAUUAAAGAUGGUCAGGAAGACUUUCUUUUGCCCUCAGAACAUUUCGGUAGGCUUUUGAUAAUUCCCCAGGUAGAGGAAGAGCAUCAGGGAACAUACACAUGUACUGCUUCAUCUACUGACGGUAGUUUCAAUCACGCGUCCACGGCAACCUUUUUGACCGUGCAAGGUUUGUUUGCUGCCUUUUUUAUAAUCAAAAGAUUUUAUGAAAAGACUUAACUGAAUUUCAGGUUUUGAGAUGAAAACAGUGUUAGAAUUAAAAAGUUUAUGCGCCUAAGUAUUUUAAAUUUCAACUCUGAAGCUGGUAAACCUGAUCUCACUGCCAUUGAGGGUGCACAGAUUUCGCCCUUUUUUGGCCCGUGUAGAACUUUUCCUCAGCAUCAGAAUAAAUACUGCAUAAUGAUAAGAAAAAAAUAAUGAUAAUUGUAAUCCAGGUCAUAAUCAUAAUAAUCGUAACAAUAAUAAAUAAAUAAAUAAAUAGAUAAAUAAAUAAAUAACGAUUUGCAGAUAGCACAUCCACAUAGUGGUUCUUCGUCUACCUGAUUCCUGGUCGAAUUGGAAUUUGGAAAUGUUGGUUUUUGAGGAGAGGGGAAAACCGGAGUACCCGGAGAAAAACCUCUCGGAUCAUGAGCAAGGGAGAGAACCAACAACAAACUCAACCCAAAUAUGGCGUCGACGCCGGGAUUUGAACCCGGGCCACAUUGGUGGGAGGCGAGUGCUCUCACCACUGCGCCACCCUUGCUCCCCAAUUAACAAUUAUUCCACGCACGAGUGCACGUUGGGUAUGAGAUAGUCGCUAGCCAACAGGGCGGAUAAAGGUUGGGCGGUGAAACGAGCGCGUCCGAGCAAAAAGGUGUGAUGCAGUGGACUGGGGGCGCGAUCCAUUCAACCAAAAUUUCCGGAAAUUUUGGUCCAAAACUCAGGGCGCGAUCCAUUCAACCAAAAUUCAGACCGGUCCGACCGGGAAAAGAGGACCACCUCAAAAGGUGGACCCGUUUUUUCGAAACUUUUCCGGUUGGACCGAACCGAUCCAUUGAGUUUUGGACCGAAAUUUCCGGAAAUUUUGGUUGAAUGGAUCGCGCCCUGGGACUCUGCUUAGAAAUGUCGCUUGUUUUCGACUUCGGUCAGGGCUUGCGAUGUCAUUUGUACGUUAGACACUGCCGCUGGCACUGAAUUAUGGCUCCUUGAUUUGUUUUCUUGCACUUCUUCCUCGUUCGUUUGUGCUGGUAUGCUGUCUCCGAGAGGCAAAUGUUGCCAUUUUUUGUGGGAGGUUAGUUGGAGUAGACAAACAUCUCUUUCAAAAGGUUUCUUUUAUUCCUUUCAUGACUCUACUGACUGAAUUAUAAUUUGGUUCUGCUACUCGCCAAUGUCGAUGUUAUUCCAAAACAAAAACAACUAAGUACUGUCUAAAACACGAAGGAAAAUCUCAUCCACGUCAUCCAUGGCAAAACUAAAAGACAGUAGAUCGUGUUUCAUAACUAGAUGACGUGUAUUUUAUAAAUGCGUGCAGCUCGUGCAAGGUGAAAUUAUGCUAAUUUCAAUCACCAUCUUCCUUCUUUCUAAUUUUGAAAAAAACAUCUCAUACGUCUUUCUGUUUCUUCGAAACUUCAAAAUUAGUUUCCCCUCAGUUUUUACUGUUUACCUUGUUUUGUUUUAGAGAGAAAAACGGAGAUAAAACCUUACAACUAACCUCAAUAAAUUUUGUUUACAGGCGGUUGCCGGAUUUGCAACGCAUUGCGCGAAUCGCCAUGGCGCGUUGCACCCGAGAAGCAAAGUUUGAAGAAGUACAACGCCACUAUAUCAAUAUAUAUCAAUCUAAUUUUUUGUUAUGUAAUAUAAAAUUUAUCCCCCUUUAACAUAUGUAAAAAUUGAGGUUAAGAAGUGUUAAGCUUUUGCAAACGAAACGGCGAAAGACGACUAGGUGAUAUUUAGUGGAAGGAAAAGGUAUUCAACACUUUCAAAUUAAACUCAAAUUUUGGCAUUAUACGACCAACAAGUUUGACUUAUAGACGUACAGACACAAACAUAUGAAACUGUUUAUUGAUAUUGUUAUGAAACGAAUUUAUCUAUUUAACAUUGUAGCCUGAAAUUACAGAAAGAAAAUAGGAUUUCCGGUUUGCAAAAAGGAAAAUUUCGCCGGCCUUCAAGCGCACCGGAAGCGCGGAAAGAGCGCUCGUGCCAGUCCUACUCCGCAUCACACAUUAAAUGAAGAGCGGAGCGCUCGUUUCACCGCCCAACCUUUAUCCGCCCUGCUAGCCAACGAGGCGCCACGCCAUCUCAUAUCCAACAAGCGCGAGUAGAAUAAUUGCUUUAUUAAAAACGCCCACAAAAUAUCGAGAAUUCUUCCCGAAUUUAUUUGUAAAAACAGCCGAUUUUUGAGCAAACGCGUACAGUUACCAUAUUUGGAGAGCAUGGUAAAAUGGCUCAUAUACACUGAUGGCUAAGCCAAUCAGAGCUCUAGAAUUGCAUGAUCCAAUUAUUCAGUUUUUAAUAAUAAUAAAUACAAAGCACACGUACUUACGACGUCGUAAGCAUGAAAGCGUCGUCUAAGAGCCACAUCGCAAUUAAAUUGUACAAAGAGGCAGAAACACACCCUACAACUACAAAAAAAUAGUUCUCACAAAUGCUGCGCUCCUGCGCUUUGAAAUGUUUCCGAUAGUAAGAAAGGCUUGACCUUUCAUGUAUUUCCGAAGGAUCUUUGCGGAAGGUUUGUUUCUCCACUGUCCACUUGCCAACGCACGUUCAUUCACUAUAACUGCUUCAGUGGGAAUAUCUGUUGGGGUUCAUGUUUAAUCUCUAGAUCACCAGAUCGUUCUUGUUUUCGGCGCCCUAUUUACCCUUUUUGAAGUUUGCGGCAAAUCUGGUCGGACUUUGAGCCUCGCUUUUAUGCUUACGUCGUGAGUGUGUAAAAUAAUAAUGGGUUUGUUGCUCACAGGUUUGUUUGUAAAGUACUUUAGUUUAGACUCUAGUCCUGUUUACAAAAAUGCAUUGAUACUCAUCUGCCUAAAAAGUCAGGGGAGAAUUGAAAUCAGCCUCAGGGAAAACACAUUAAAAUACAUUAAUUACAUGUUUUGAAGCCUUUCAAAAAACUUAAGGGACGCUUUUCAUUGAAUUCAUAAGUUCAAACGCGAAAUAAUAUUUUGUGUUUUAAACAAAAUAUAACUGGCUUUUAUUUAAAGUCAUCAGUUAUAAAAACACUAAUCUAAUUUUCGUUAUACGUAAUUUUUUCAGCUUCACCAAAGUGGGAAAAACCGCUCCCUUCAAAGACGUUGGUAGAGACAACAAAGUCAAAAGUUUUGACGUGCGUGGCCAAAGCAAAACCUAACCCGCAGUACCACUGGUUCAGGAAUGGACAAAAGAUAAAUGUGUCAGAGUAAGGCUGCAAUAUAUUAGCCUACUUGUAGCCGCACACGAUCCCGGCUACACGUAGGCUAAAAUAUAUUGGCUUGUUCUUUUUUGANCAACGCACGUUCAUUCACUAUAACUGCUUCAGUGGGAAUAUCUGUUGGGGUUCAUGUUUAAUCUCUAGAUCACCAGAUCGUUCUUGUUUUCGGCGCCCUAUUUACCCUUUUUGAAGUUUGCGGCAAAUCUGGUCGGACUUUGAGCCUCGCUUUUAUGCUUACGUCGUGAGUGUGUAAAAUAAUAAUGGGUUUGUUGCUCACAGGUUUGUUUGUAAAGUACUUUAGUUUAGACUCUAGUCCUGUUUACAAAAAUGCAUUGAUACUCAUCUGCCUAAAAAGUCAGGGGAGAAUUGAAAUCAGCCUCAGGGAAAACACAUUAAAAUACAUUAAUUACAUGUUUUGAAGCCUUUCAAAAAACUUAAGGGACGCUUUUCAUUGAAUUCAUAAGUUCAAACGCGAAAUAAUAUUUUGUGUUUUAAACAAAAUAUAACUGGCUUUUAUUUAAAGUCAUCAGUUAUAAAAACACUAAUCUAAUUUUCGUUAUACGUAAUUUUUUCAGCUUCACCAAAGUGGGAAAAACCGCUCCCUUCAAAGACGUUGGUAGAGACAACAAAGUCAAAAGUUUUGACGUGCGUGGCCAAAGCAAAACCUAACCCGCAGUACCACUGGUUCAGGAAUGGACAAAAGAUAAAUGUGUCAGAGUAAGGCUGCAAUAUAUUAGCCUACUUGUAGCCGCACACGAUCCCGGCUACACGUAGGCUAAAAUAUAUUGGCUUGUUCUUUUUUGACUUAACGGCUUUUACAGGAUUAUAUCAACAUCACCCCGACAAUAAAAAUGCUUUGUUCAAUUUCAAGUACGACCUGCUCUGUAUUUAUGUAUAAUAUUCAACUUUAAAUUGAGACAAUCCAUGCAUCAUUUACAUUAACUAAGUGCAAUUCCCAAUUUCAAGUCUCUUCGUCUCCCAAAGGACUGCAUUAGGUUAUACUAUCCUGUCUAUGCUGGCCUUUUUUUUUAGUCCAUGUUCCAGUAUGCAUUUCUCCUAGUUCUUAUACAGCUUACAAUUUCUCCCUCCUCCUCACAACCCCCCUCUCUCAUUCCUUUUAUAUCGCUUGAUGAAUGAAUGAAUGAAUGAAUGAAUGAAUGAGUGAGUGAGUGAGUGAGUGAGUGAGUGAGUGAGUGAAUGAAUGAAUGAAUGAAUGAAUGAAUGAAUGAAUGAAUAAAAACUUUAUCACGUGUCAAAGUAUUUAGCUCGACAGCUAAUGGGGCCUUGAAGUCUUUUUAUCACUAAAAUUACCAAUUAAACCUAUUACAUACAUAAUUACUUUUUUCAGUCAGAUCACGAAGUAUCUCAGUCUAAGUCUUUUAGAGAGUGUCUCCCAUAUAGCACAGUUCCGAAUUUAGGUAGUUCCAAAUCAUGGUUCCUACCGCGUGUUCUUUGCACUGAAUGAUUUAGAGUUGUAAAUAGGCACAAGACCAUGCUAUACAUCAUAGAGCCUACGUCCUGCAAAUGUCUGUACGUUAUAUAGUAGGCUGAUUUAGCUACAGAAUGGGAAUGUCAGUUGACGACUGCGCGGGCAAAUUAAACAACUUGCUUGACCAAUGGCAGAGCCGCAAAUUGCGCACCGGAAGUCGAGUUUAGUCCUUUUCGCGCGCUUUCCCGUCGUCAAAUGACGUUCCCGUUCUGUUGGUAAAUCAGCCUAGUAUCGGUAGUCGGGCGCGAUCAAGUGGUUCUUGAUAAGAGCUGACCUGUUGUUAUAUACUGCUCUCGGCCUCUCUUCUGUGAUUUAAGCUUCAAUAUUUUUCAUUGUUUAUUUUUGCAGCUCAAAAUUAAGAGUAAAAGGCAACGUUCUUGAGCUCACAAACAUAGAAACCUGGCAUGAUGCAAUUUAUCAGUGUGUAGCUGAAAACAGCCUGGGAAUGAAUGUAACUUCCACCUGGGUUAAUGUUCAAGGUAGGUCUAAGCAGGAUCACACAAUCCGCAGCUGGUAGGGUAGCACAUUCAUGGUUCAGUAAUUAAUAUUCAUUUUCAUUGCCACAGUUCUGGUCACAGGCUCUAGAACGGAGAGUUCCGGACUCAGACUGUGGGUGAUUCUUUGUGCAGUCUUUGGUGUAGCGUUGAUGGCCUUCCUAGUUGUCAUUCUGAUCUGCUACAAGAGAAAGAAGGCAAGAGGGGAAGGAGGUUAGUUUUUAUUUCAAUCAUGACUUAGCAUUAACUUGCAUCUAAAAGAGUAUAUACAAUGUAAAAAAUGUUUAGCGAGGUGUGAUUGGCCGUUACUCAAAAUCAAUUAUAGUUUAGACACCCGCGGGGAAUAUCUAAAAUGUUUUUGUCCGUUUUGUCCAAAGGCUACUGCGACCGGUUAAGCCCUACGAGGCAGGUCUUUCAUUUCCAUUCAUUUUCCGAAACGAAUACUGGCAUCCAAGUGGCGGUGCGUGCUCCUGUUUAAUAAUAUGUCACAGGUGACAUCAAAAUGAGGAAAGAAAAUAAAAAUGGUUUAAAUAUUGCUUUUAAAACUUCAUAUUACAAUGAUAUAUGACUUGAAAUUUAUAGAAAAUGACUAAUCGUUAAAACAGCACUACAGUUAUUGCAUGAAGUACAAGUCAUUAACUCUCAGUAAGCGAACUUUCACUGAAAACAUAGUGACAGAACAUUUGGACUGAUAAUUCCAUUAUCUGAGAACGUUUUAGAUAUAAACGUCCUUCCAUUUACGCAGUUUUGAACUCCCAGACUAAUAUACAUUUAAUAAAAUCCCUCAGUAAUUGUCUUCUUGUGUUACAGAAAGGGAAAGAGUCAGGAUGCAGACAUCUUCAUACAACGAUACAUCAAACGAACUCAACGGCAGUGUAUCAACCAUUCAUACGCCCUCAGGGCUUCUUGGAGAAAACGGAGCACAAAGACGGUCUAGGCCUCUGCCACUUCCUCAGUACCAAACCCUUGAUCCAUCAACGAUAGGAGUCGCUUGUUACGAGCCGAUUGACCCACAAAGAGAUGACAACGAUAGUGAAUUAUACGAGAAACUGGAUUUCCGAACGAUGGAUACUCCCCAGAUUUAUGGUCAGCCUGCUUAUGCAAAGCCUAUCCCAGAAUAUCUUGAGCUAGUGAGCGAUACAAAAUCACCUCAGGUAAAGAAUGCAUCGAAUGGGACAUCAUUAAAAUGUGGGAAACAAUAUUAUGAGCCAAUGGAAGGUGGAUUAAACCAGAAUGAUGGAGACAAAUUUCACAGUCAAUAUUCAGACCAAAACUAUGAACCGAUGGCAGGUGCCAUUAAGCCUGAUUCACCCAAGUAUUAUGAGCCUAUGAGCUCAGAAAUGGAUAACGCAAACACCUCUCCCGAUUCACCAAAAUAUUACGAACCGAUGACGAUUAGAAAAAUAGAUGACCCUUUUGUCAAACCAAAGGGCUCAUCCUCAUCUGCUAAUUAUCAUCAACCAAGGGCUGAAAACAACGUGAAUCAAACGACAGUGGCCUCAGCGUCACACGAUUACUACGUUCCUAUGUCACAAAAUAGCCUAACAUCAUGCUAA